AUGGCUUCUUUUUGUGCGUAUCCCUCCACGGAAGCUCUUCUGAGCUCCGUCCGUAUGCCCAAAUUUCUACAGAAUUCUUCACCAAGCAAUAAGCAUCGUGGGCGUGUACGAAUCGUUCUGGGUUUUCAUAAAACGACGUCGUUAGUUAGAGGGUCUCAAGUUCUGGCGCUGGCACGUGAAAUAUCUGAGGAUGGCGGUGCAGAAGAAGACUUCCUUUUGAAUAAUCAUAAUGGUGGAUUUAGUUUAGUUUCUGAAGAGACUCUAUUGUCAUCUCAGGGUAAUACAGAUACCAACCAAAGUGCCGAAAAGAAAAUAGAAAGCACGUCAAAUAUGAAGCCACCGACUCUCGUGCUGUCACAUGGAAGCACGACUGGGGGAGGUACAAGGGCUGGUCUUUUCAGAACCCCAAUAUCUGGGGGAGUACAAAGUGCAACUUCUGCUCAUGGCUUGCCCAGGCCAGCCUUAGCGGUUCGAAACUUAAUGGAGCAGGCAAAAUUCUUACUUGUUUAUAAACUUUUGUUCAUCUUCAUUAAUUAA